GACUGGUCGAAGAGUUAUUUUGGAUUGUCCACGCAGCCAUUCCCGAAGGAGGCCGCGGAGACGCUCCUUGCGCCUGUGGACUCUAUGGACGUGGAGAUCAAGCCUGAUGGCUUGAUAUACCUCCCUGAAAUCAAGUACCGCCGCGUACUGAACAGGGCGUUCGGCCCUGGCGGGUGGGGGCUCGCGCCCAGGAGCGAGACGAACGUCGGGCCUCGGGUCGUGAGCAGGGAGUAUGCGCUUGUGUGCUUGGGGAGACUCGUUGGUAUCGCCCGCGGAGAGCAAGAAUACUUUGACCCCAGUGGUAUCCCCACCGCGACGGAGGCGUGCAAGAGCAAUGCGCUCAUGCGGUGCUGCAAAGACCUCGGUAUAGCUAGCGAGCUCUGGGACCCACGCUUCAUCCGGGAGUUCAAGGCGAAGCACUGCGUAGAGGUCUUCGUCGAAGACACCAGGACCAAAAAGAAGAGGAAGUUGUGGCGUCGGAAAGACCAACCCCCGUUCGAGUACCCCUUCAAGGAA